UCUCUCUCUCUCUCUCUCUCUCGGUUGGUAAUGGUGGUUUGGGUUGCAUAAUUGAAUGAUUGAAAUCUUGAGGAAUGAAUAUUGAGCUUGAGGUCAUGGUGGUGAGACUGUUCAUGGUUGAAUUAUUGAAAUCUUGAUGUUAUUGUGAGAGAGAGAGAGAGAGAGAGAGAGAGAGAGAGAGAGAGAGAGAGAGAAGGGGAAAUGUUCAGGUUGCACAGAAACAAGCCUGCAAAGUCAGGGGAGAAGAUUGAUUUCAAGUUCUCCAACUUUCAGGCGAUUCAGGUACCAAAGGGAUGGGACAAGCUUUUUGUGUCUCUUGUCUCUGUGGAAACUGGGAAAUCAAUGGCAAAGACAAGCAAAGCAUUGGUCCGAAAUGGAAAUUGUCAGUGGAUGGAGACCCUAUCAGAAUCUAUAUUGUUUUCACGGGAUGACACUUCAAAGGAACUGGAAGAGAAGACCCUCAAGCUUAUUGUUGCCAUGGGAUCUGCUAGAUCUAGCAUCCUUGGAGAGGCUACAAUGAAUGUGACAGGGUUUAUGAAUUCAAGUGCUUCCAUGCCAGUUUCCUUGCCAUUGAAAAAAUGCAAUUAUGGGACAAUCUUGAAAGUCAAAAUUCACUGCCUUGCACCAAGAACAAAAAAAUCUGGGGAUGAACAAUUAAAAGAUGCAAAUUCUUGUACUGUAGACUUGAAUACAGAACAUGAUAAUAUGGAGAUCAAAUCAGAUGCCUCUGAUGAUACAUUUACAAGGAGCAUUGGUCCUUCCUCCAGUAAAGAAUUGGACUCUAAUGCACAUCCAGGAGAACUUUUGAGUAGGGAAACAAGUUUGACUGGAUCAGGUACUCCUCAGAGCUCUGACUCAGCAGAGGGUUCUGCACAGGGUGAAAACUUCUUUAUAAGAGGCAACUUGAAUGGUGAUGCGCAGGACUCAAUUGGAGGACUUGCUUCAAACAACUUCCAAAAUGGUGCACCACAUAGCAAUUAUUUGGUUGGGGACCAUUGUCAAUCAAAUCACUCAUCAUUUAAUUCAAGGAUUAAUGACUCAACCAAUCAUUCUCUGGAACUUGGUGAAGACUCCGGGCAAAGCCCUUCACAUGUUAUUGCCCUGCCAUCUUUGAGAAAUGCUGGCUCUUCUAAAAAACUGUUGGGUGCUGAGGAAGAUGCAAUCGAAGAGCUUCAAGGAGAAGCUAAGAUGUGGGAGAGUAAUACCCAUAAGCUAAUGCUUGAUCUUGACAUGUUCAGGAAGGAAUUCUCUGAUCAAUCAAAAAUCCUUGAAAAUAUGGACUCGGAGCUUUCAGCAGUGUGUGCAGAACGUGAUAGCUUGAAUAAAGAAGUUGAGCAACUAAAACUAUUGUUGGAGGAAUCAAGAAUGAAACAUGCAACUGUGGAGGAUUUAAAGUUGCAAGGCAAAGGUCUAGCACAUGUUUGUGAACUGGAAAAUGAGAUCAAGUUCCAACGAGAUUCCAAUGCUAAUUUGAAUCAGCAGUUGAAAAGGAGUCAAGAAUCAAAUAUUGAGCUUCUUUCAGUUCUACAAGAAUUAGAAGUGACUAUAGAGAAGCAGAAGAUCGAGAUAGAGAAUAUUUCAGCCUUAAAAUUAAAAUGCAGUGAAGUUGAAAAUUCUAUCCAAGGGAACUUGGAGGAAAAUCAGACUCUAGUGCUCCAGCUGCAACAGUCAGAGGGAUCAGUGAAGCAUCUGCAAGCUAAGAUGCAAUUGCUCGAACAAGCAAUGGAUGACAAAAACUAUGAGAUUGAGAAUGAACAGACUUCAAAUAAGCAAAACCUUUUGGAUAUUGAGGCAGCAUAUAAAUGGAAAUUAUCUGCCAAAGAAGAAGAAAUUGGCAGGUUAGAAGCAAAAUUGUCAGAGUCUCUUAAAGAAAGACAAUUAGAGAAAAUCGUGUCUGUUAAUGAAGCAAAUCUGAUAAGUGAUAUUGAAGCCUUAAAAGAAAAAGUGCAGGAACUAGAGAGGGACUGCAAUGAACUCACAGAGGAAAACUUGGACCUUGUUAUCAAGCUUAAGGAAUCAAAAAACAACACUGUGAGAGUAGGACCAUCUUUUGAUUUUUCAUCUGGUGAGCAAUUUAAAUUAUUUUCCAACUCUGAGUCCGAAGCAAGUGAACUUAAAUCCCAAGUAUACCAGCUGGAAGAGGAACUAAAGGAGGAAGUACUUGUGGAGGAUCAGCUUGCUGCUUUUGAGACACCUUCUAUAUUACUUGAACUCUUUAAGCAGAUUGAGAUAGCUUUUUCUCAAUUAAAUAAGCCAUGGCAUAAUAUUUCUCCUCGUGUAAAUAGAAAAGCCAAUUUUUUUUAUCUUGACAAGCUGGUAAAUUUGACUGUUACAGAUGUGAUUGGUAAUGAGGGGCAUGCGAGAUCCAUUCUCAACCAUUUAACUGAGCUGAACAAAUUGUUGGAAGCCAGGAUUGCUGACUGUGAAGAAAUUCUUAAACACAAUGAAAUUGAGAUCAGGGAGGAGGACAGAAAUGUUGUAGAAACUCAGAAGAAGAUGGAAGAUUACAUUACAAAGGUGAAUAACCUCUCUCUUUCAAUUCAAGAACUGGAGAGUUUGAAGAUGGACUUGGAAUUUGAAAUUACUUACCUGGGUAAAGAAUUGGAUGAGAAAAGGUCUAAGAUAGUAGAACUUGAGGCUGAUUUGCUAUCAAAAGAAGAGGAGAUUGAAGUCUUUAGACAGCGUCAAGGGGAAUUACAAGCUGAGGUUUCUAAUCUUCAAAAUGAAAAAAAUAAGGUAGAAGAAAGUACGGAAAUUGUGCAGACAGAACCUAGUAUCACUUCAAACUACUUGGAGGAUUUACGAAAUGAUCCGGUGAUGCCUGGAGAGAGUGCUAAUUCCCAUGCUGCUUCCAGUGAGAUUCUUGAAAGGAAAUAUUCAGAAAUAGAAAAUGGAAAACGAGAACCAGUGCUCCAUUUGUCAGAGCUGGAACAAGAAAAUAUGUUGUUAUGUCAACGUAUAUCUGGCUUAGAGGAUCAACUAAGGUGUUUGACAGAUGAGAGAGAAUCUAACCAAUUGGAACUAGAAAAUUCCAAAUCUGUUGCAAUGAGCCUUCAAGACGAGAUCAAAAUGUUGGAAUUGGAGAUGGAAGCACAAAAAGAAGAUCUGAAAUGGACACUAAAAGAUUUGCAAAGUCAGCUCUCAGAAGCACGAGAGGAGGGUGAGUAUCUGAAAAAUGCAAAUAAAAAUUUACAAGCUACUGCUGAGAGCAUGAGGGAAGAAUGCAGUUCUCUUCAGAAAUCACAUGGAGAGUUGAAGAAGCAAAAAUUGGAGUUGCAUGAGCAUUGUGCACACUUGGAGGCCGAACUGAGGGAAUCACAAAUAUGCUUAACGGAUUACUCUAGAAGAUUUGAAGACUUAGAGUCUAAUCUUUGUUCAGCACUGCAAGAUUUUUCCUCGAAGGAAAAUUUCUUAAAUUCUGAGUUAGAUGCCCUUCUUCUGGAAAACAAGAAACUGAAGGAGGCUGUAGAUGAAGUAAACAGAUUACGUGCAGAUAAGGUUAGACUUGAAUACACUUUACAGGAAGUCCAAUCCAAAGUUUACUUGACUGAGAACGAGCUCAAUCGCAUUAAAAAAGAAUCUGAAAAAAAAGUACAGGAGUUGAUGAAUGAGCUGGCAGCUUCUGAACAAAAAUUGGACAUGAUGAUGGAUGAAUGUGAAAAAAUGGAGAACUACAAAUUAAUAGAAGAGAAUUUAAUGACCAUCAUAAAUGGUCUUAAAGCAAAGCUUACAGUUUCUGAGUCUGAAUGCCAUCAACUUCUGGAAGAAACAACUGAUUUGAAGGUUCAGCUGCAGAGAAUAGCACAUCUUGAAGAUGUAAUUUUGGAUCUUAAGAGCAAGCUCAGUACAACUAGUUUGGAAAAGGAGAAGUUGGAGGCAUCACUACAUUUAAUUUCUGGGGAAUGUGAGGAAUUGAAAGCAGAAAAUAUUGCUCUACUUGAGAAAAUUUCUGGCUUGCAAAGAUCUGUUUCUGAAUUGGAGCACUUCAAACAAAAUUGUGUUGCUUUAGAAGAAAAGCUUCGGCAAAUGGAGGGUGAUCUAGCAGCAAGGGAGGCACUAUCUUCUCAAGAUGAAGAGCUGAAAAAUGAGCUCGACCAGAUCAAAAGAGAAAACAUGCAAUUUCAGCAGAAAAUACAAACUCUUGAAGAGCAGAAAGAUGAAUGCUCAAAGAAAGCUCAAGCUCUUGGAGAGGAACUGAAAUUGAUGGAUCAAAAUCAAGGCCGAAAUGAGACCAGCAAAAAGAAGAUUCCUAUUAUUUCUAAAUCUGAUAUCAAAGUUACUUCAAAUCAUAUAGAUUUAAAGCACACCAAGAAUGAUAUGGUGAAGAGCACCAAUCAACAUCGCGACACAAGAAAGAAGCCAUCUACAAAAUCUGGUCGAGCACAAGAACUUCUCAAAGGCCAUCAAAAUCCAAACAGAAGUCAAUGUCAAAGAGUGGGAAAUAUUGAGUAUGACCAUCAUGAUGAAAGUCCUCAUUCCAUUCAAGCUGAUCUUAUGUCAAAGAUACAGUCACUUGAAAAUGAACUUGCUGAUGCUUUGGAAGCAAAUAACAUGUACAAAGCUCAACUUAACAGGUUGGUUCCAGAGGGUGGAAGUUGUGGUGUGGAUGCUCCCGAUAAAUCAAUGGUUGAAGGUGACAUAGUGGCCAAAGAAAGGUAUGAACGCAAAAAAUCAUCCUUAGAGGCAGAGCUGAGAGACAUUCGUGAGCGUUAUUUCCACAUGAGCCUUAAAUAUGCUGAGGUAGAAGCUCAGCGUGAGGAACUUGUGAUGAAGCUGAAGGGGAGCAAAAAUGGAAAGAGGUGGUUCUCAUGAAUUCAUGAUAUUCUUUAAGUGAGUUUCUUUUUUAUAAUCACAAUUGGAUUUUUCAAUAAAUCAAUUUCAUUUUUUUUAUAAAUUUUGAUUACUCAUUUUGAUGUGUCAAAAAUUUCAUUUUGCUUUCA